AUGUCAUCUCCAGGUAUUGAUUCAGCUGAAAUCUUAUUUUGUUUGUUAGAUUCCUUAGACAGCUGUGAUCUUGCAACCGAGGCAUCUGUUUAUUCAACGGUGGUAGAUUUUGCAAAUAGCGAAAAUACAUCACAUUUUGUUAUCUUAGCUUCAAAUGCAAUUAUAUCAUUUCUACAAGUUAGUCAUAUAUCAAUUAAUCACCAAAUCAGUCUACUAAGGCUAUUAGCUUUUAUCCUCUCAAGCUAUACAGUUAAAAAAGAAUCUAUAUCAGAUAAUUAUACUGAAGAUGAUGGUAGCAAUUUAAAUAAUUUGGCAACUUUUAUUUUAAAUGAAUAUAUCUGUCUAAAACAAAGUGAUUCUAGAAGAGUUGCUUUACUUCAAGUACUACUAAGUUUAUCACUAUUAAUACCGGAAGAUCUAGUUGAUAUGUUACUUUCAGUAAUUGAUGAUAAUCGCAUUAAUGUAAUAUCUGGUGGAAUUUCCUCUAUUUUAAUAUCAAUAUCUGCAAUUUCAAAAAUCUUACCAAUUACAUUGUGUGCUAAGGGUCAUGAUAUUAUUAUGAAUUUACUUUCACUACUCCAUAAAGCUGCAAAUUCAGAUUCAGUAUAUAAGGUAUCAUCAAUAAUUAGUAAUUCAAAGGUAGAAUUGGUUCGUUGCCUUGCAGAUGUUGCAGAUGCCAUAAGAUGCAAUAUAUCUGAAAGAAAUAUGUAUGCAGGAUUAAUUGGUACAGCUUUUGAUGCAUUAUUAAAUGAUUGGGUUCCAACAAUUCAGAAAGAUAAAGAGGCAUUUUAUUUAUCUUUCCCAACCUUAGAAACUCUUGGACACUUAGCACAAGUUAUUGAUGAUCAACAACUAAUUCAACAUUCUCCAAAAUUACUUUUGGUUUACCUACAAAUUCUUAAUUCUUUACUAAGUAAACGUAAUAAAUACUUUCCAAUUAUAUCGAAUAUAUUUAGUGAAUCAAAUAAGCUAAUUGAAUGUAAUGAUUUAUUACCUAAUAAUACUUCAACAAUUAGAUGGAGACAAUUUCACGCAGCUGCAUUUAGUGCAAUAACCCCUUUACUGACAAGUAAAUCAGAUACUAUUGCAAUAUCAUUGCAUUACUCUAUUUUAUCUGGAUUUAGAUUAUUUAUAAGUAGGUGUUAUAUUGUCUGCCCACAAAUAUUUAUGGAUAAAUCUACAUUACAUUCACUACACAACGUUUUACUUCAGUAUUGUGCAAUAUUUCAUCGACUAUAUGGUGUAGUGUUACUAUCUGGCUAUCAUUCUCAUGAUGAUGCGAUAAAUAAAGCUCUUGAGAAGGGAUUUAUUAAUACUCAAGAUGAUUUUAGUGAUCAAGUUUGGACCCCCUCAGUAUUUCAUGAUAUAGUAAUGACCCAUAAUGAACUAAUAUCAUGCUGGAAAACAUUAAUUCAGAAAGAGGCAAUUAUGGAAGAUACUGUAACGUUUUUGCACGAUAAUAUUGACUUGAAAUCAGCGAAUCGGUUAUCUUCUAUGUUGAUACUAAGGUACAUAGUUAAAGAUAUCCCUGUGAAGGAAACUUCUUAUCUAAGUUCUAUCACAGUUCACGAAACUUCAAGUUCAGCUAUUGGAUGUCUGCUGUAUAGGAUAGCUCGCACAACUUUAGAACAAGGAUUGGAUUAUUGCAUUGCCUACUUGCUAUGUGAGCUAAUAUGUGAGUUAGCAAAAUAUGGUUAUCUUCAUAUUGGAUCUACCAUUGCUGAGAAUAUCAGUAGAGAUAAAAAUAAGAGUUUUACAACAUCAAAUAAUGAGGGUUUGUGGGUUGUACCUUCACCUUUCUCAGCUGAAAUGCUUACUUACUUUUUAAGAUUAUUGGCUGUUCAAGAGAGCAAGGCACUAUCUGAGCACAAAAGACAUAUACAACGUUAUAAAGCUGAUCACAUAAAGAAUUAUUCUAUUUUAAAGAAUAACCAAGAAGUAAAUAUUCCAAUAAUAUAUCCACCAAGUUUAUGGGAUAUUAGAAAUAAUGCAAAAGAGCUACUAACUGAAACAUUGACAACUCUAGUACCAGAGUUACUAUGGCCAUUACUUAUCGAUGCAGUGAAUCAUCCAAAGUUAGGCUCAGCAAUGCCAACUGUAUGUGAAUCUUUAUCUAAAUCAUGCUUCACACUAUACAAAAAGUCAUCUAACCCUGCUAUUUUCUUUAGUGCAUUUGAGUAUCAACAUGCAAGGUAUUUAAAUAUAUGUGAUCCAUACAAGAUAUUUAUUUGGCUAUGUAUGUACUUACAUGAUCCAUAUGUAUAUAAUGGAAAUUUAGCUUAUUGGUCACUGCAGUGUUUACAGUGGAUUGCACCUAUGAUACAUUCAUCACCAAGUUGCCUCUGGGCUUGUGUACCAAGUGAAAGGUUACAAAGUAUCAUUAGUUUUAUGGAAUCUAUUUCACUGAACAAAAGGAAAACAGCAGAUAUUACAUUUAACUUAUUGCAGGAAGAUACAGAUGCAAAAGUAAGUGAUGAACUGGGUAUUCACUCUAUGUUACCAAUUAAUAUAGAUGCAUGGUUUCCUUUGGUCGACGAAUGUAUUUCUUUUAUAUUAUCUGGGAUUUCAGGUGACUCAUCUGAAUUAAAUAAUGUUGAAUAUGACUCCAAUUCUAUUGAAAAUAUACCAAAUGAAAAUAACUCAGUUAUAUCUACAUUACUUUCAAAUUUGCUUAUUGCACUUUUUUCAGCGUGUAAGGAUAUUAGAAACGAUAGAGUUCAAAAAUACUCAGACCCACCUACUGAAUUUCAAAGAGCUGGUAUGUAUUCACUACUUGGUUUAUUGAUUAGGGAAAUAGGAUCUUCAUCAGCUUCAAUAAACCCAAUAUUAGGUAAGAAUUUGCAUAUGAUGCGUGGCAAAUUUAUAAUGACAAUAAUGGAUGGUUUAUUUAUACCUGAUAUGGCAAAUUUAGAAACUAAUACUAAUAAUCUAGGUAAUGAUAAUUCAGCUAGUAACUCUGAUAUUCAAGAUAAUAAGAGGGAAAUAAAGAAAAAAUUAGAAUAUAUGCAAGCUUUCAAUUUAGGAACAAUGGAUAUUCAAAGUUUUUCAUCUGCAAUUGGAUUAAGUUCAGUAGCACUACAGAGAAGUUGUGGUAGGUGCUUGGGAUAUGCAUCAAAUCACCAGAGCAAUUUCAUUGUAGUUUCAGAGUACUUGCUUAAACUAGUAAAGUCUGAAGCUGCAAACAAACGAUCAGGUGCAUUUAGCUUUUUUGGGAAAUCCUUGGCUGUUGUUCAAGCGGAGCAGUUGCGUUCAACCCUUAUAAUGGGGAUUGGACACUGCCUGGGUGAAGCACCUCUGUUAUUGUGCAAUUCUGCAAUAGAAACUAUUAAACGGAUGCUGCAAGUUUUGGAAUGUGCAAUAAAGGAUGAAAAGGAAGUAACACUGCAAUAUUCUGCACUGCGAGCAAUACAAGUUGCCUAUCGCACAAUAUCGUGCGAUUAUGAUACUGCAUUAACAAUUUCAGCUAGAUUAAAUUUGAUCUCGGGAAAAUCUUCUAGUGAAUUUAAGAAGAACAGUUUUAAUGAAAAUACAAUCGAAAUAUUUAGUAAAUUUCGUGAUAAAGUUUUUCCAUAUAUACUCACAAUUCUGGUCUUCCCAAUAACUAUUGAAUUACCUCCUAUACCAUUAAAUUCCACAUUACUAUUAACUGCUGCAUCGGGUAUGCCAUAUAGUGCAACUAGUUCUAUAUCCUCUCAAAAGACACCAACGGAUCCAUCUGGUCCUUAUAUAAGAAGUAUGGUUAGGUAUCGUGAUUUCCCAGUGACAAAUGAUACAAGUUUAAGCAAUGGGAAUAUUAAUGCUGAUGAACUGGAAAUAAAGUCAAUUACUCCCGAAUUAUCUGGUGAAGGAUCAAGUUUUGAUAUGAAUAAUGAAACCAUAACACAUGGUCCAUUUAAUUUAACACUUGCAGUGUUAUCAAUACUUAGUGAAAAUAUAGCUCUAAAUUCAAAUUCACCUUUAUUAUCUGAAAAAAAUACCUUAGAUGUAUCUUCAGUAUCUCCAUCAUACCAAUCAGCUGGAAGUUUGCCUAUUUCAAACAAUUUAAAUAAUUCACUACUGAACAACAUACAAGCUACAAACUCUCCACAAAUAGUUCCAGUUUAUAAUAGUGAUCAAUUUAGCAAAAAUUUAGUAAAUUCUCAUGGAUUUGGAGCAGUCAACCCAUAUAAUACAACUAGAUCUGGAAAUACAAACCAAGUUGAGAGUAAGUCAAACCAAAUAAUUGCUUCUUAUUCGAGUAUACUCAGUUUAUUACCUCCAGCACAAUUCAAUAAUUUACUAUUGGCUUCAAUAGAUGCUUCUACAUCUCUAUUAUCCUUAUCAUCGCCUUUACAGCCUCAAUUUGUUCCAUUAGUCAUAAAUUCAUGUUUAACAUUACUAGUAUCUAUUUCAUCAAGGAUAAAGUUUAGAGCUGAUUCAAAUAUAUAUUGUCAAGAUACUCCCAAUCAUAUUAAUAAAAAUGAAAUAUCAAAAAUUUUAUCUGUUCUAGAUAAUGGAUACUUUUUAGAAGAAAUGUUGCCAAUUGUUGAAGAUUCUAUUACUCUUUCUUCUGGUGAGAUUUCUGUAUUUCAGAUCCUUGCAUCACUUGGCCGUUUAUACAUGACUAUAUAUACAUCUCAUAUGCCAUCAUGGAUAGGACUAACACAUCUAUUAGAGGGAUUGUUGGGAUUAGCAGCAACGACAAAUGUCUCUACUCUACGUUAUACAUGUAUAUACAUUGUAUAUUACCUUUUAAAAGAAGCACCUUUAGUUGAGAUUAUUCAAGCCUCAACAUUGAACAAUAUGGAUGAAGAUACUGCAAAAGGUACUUGGGGGGCAUGGAUGCAUUGUAUAGCAUUGAUACUUGGACGUGCAUGUGACUCCUGUUAUCAAAUACAACAAUUAGCAUAUCAAUCCAUAAAUGAAUGUUUUAUAAGAUCUAAAUGGACUCAAAAUAUACAAUUAUAUUUAAAAUCAGAUUUUUCAUCUGAAGAGUCUGGAUCAACAAGAAAAUCACCAACUUCAUCAAUUAUACUAUCACCAACAUACUUAAAUUUACUACAUGAAAUGGCUGAGUAUAUACCAUCGUACUGUUUGCGUCCACUAUGUCAGCAUAUUCUACCAUCAUUUCAUGAUGCUGAUAAAAUGACUUCAUAUGCAAGUGUUGAAACAACAAGAUUACUUUUAAGUAUUAAUAAAAAAAUUUUGGAAAAUGAGUCCUUUGCAUGUAAUCUUGUAUCAUCACUAUUAAAUGAAAUUCCUGCAAUAAUUGAUAUAGAAUUACAGAAUAAUGUCUAUUUGCUUAUCAGAAAUAUUGCUUCAUAUCAAUUCUCAGUUGUAACAACUGAAAUUUUCCAACUAUGUAUUAAGAAACAAGAAUAUGUUGAUGAUUCUGAAGAUAUUUUAUAUACUGAUCACAAUAGUAAUAGUGAUGAAUGGACAAAAGUUGAUUUAUUAGCUUCUUUGGGAGACAAGGAUCCAGAUACAGUAGAUAGUAACAAAGAAAACAGUAUGAAGUGUGUGGUAGAUCCAAUAUAUUCUAAAGCAAUAUCUUGUAUUGGACGUGAUAGGAAUUUGCUACUAAAAUCAUUUAAAUAUUUAACAGAUAUAUUGAAUAAUACUCAAUAUGAUAGUAUAUUUUCUAAAAAAACCUGCAACACCUUAUCUGAAUUUUCUUAUGAACAUUUGCUAAUACGCUCAAGUACACUAGCUAUUGGUAUUUUAUUAAAGACAAACGAUUCAUCUAUUAAACAGUUAGCAAAAAAACAUUUCCCAGAAUUAAUGGCCACAUUAUUACUAAGAUGUUGCUCUACAAUGGGAUGUAUUAACAUGGGUGCUUUAGAAUCUAGUGAUACAUUAAGGUCACUAUUUACUGCUUCAAAUGAUGUUGAUAUGUUAACAACAUAUUUUGAUACUCAUCAAUUACAGUCACUCCUUACACAACCUGGAAUGUUUGAUAGAUGUAUUAUGAAUUUGUUAGAAUAUCUAUUCAUGUACAGAUCCAAUAUAGCUAUACCAAUUAUAUUAUUUAUUAAACCUUUUUUGAAUAGGAUUAACUCUCUUCAUUGUGUUGGUGCCAUCACUAUAUUGGCAACAGCUCCACUUGGUAUAUAUAAUACAAUGAAAUUUGGAAGCAAAAAUUCAUCUGAAUAUUUAAUUAGCAGACAGGAAUCAAGUAAUAUCAACAUAAAUACUAAAAUAAGUACAAGUAAGACAGAUCUUCAGAUAGAUCCACUAGCUGAAUCUGUACUUAAUGACAAUUUAUCAAGUUUGAUUUUGAAUAUACUUAAAGAUAACAAGAAUGUAUUGGUUCAAAAAAAUGGAUAUAAAUAUUUUCAGUGGUAUUUCUGGUACUGUUUGGAAUCAAACACAAGUUUACCAAUAGAUUUCAUCAAAAUGUAUCUAAAAGUAUGUUUUAUAGAUACUAUUAACCUAGCAUUUUCCUGUGUACAGGCAAAUACGGAUAUUAAAGAUAUUUUAGACAAUAAUAGUAAUGAAAAUUCCUUUGGAAAUUUUCAAGAGUCUAAAAAUUUGUCAACAAUACCAAUAAAGGUAAUAGGUGAAUGCAUUAUAUCCCUUAGAUAUUUGGUAUUGAUUAUAGCAAGUAAAUGCAAUGUAAGAUUACAAUCUAUUCCUGGACAUCCUCCACUAUAUAAUAAAGUAGUAAUUAACAAUGAUCAAUAUGACAUAUCAAAACAGGAAACUUGUGAUACAGCUAAAAAACUAAUUAUAGACUUUUUUGUAUCUUCUGAAAUAUUGAUGAUAUUUCAAGAAUUAAUAGUAAAUGGAUAUUACAGAACAAAUAUUGAACUACAAAGUUUACUACUACUUUUAGAUAUACUACUUCUUGUAAUACAAGUGUGGAGUAAUAAUACAUCAGAUGAAAAUCUUAACAGUAUUAAGGAAUUUGUACAGAAAAUUCUGGUGACAUUAUUAGUCAAGCUAGAAGAUCCCAUUUUGGAUAUAAGUAGAGCAUCCUGGAGAGCAUUACAAAUAUCAUUAAAGAUUAUACUUAAUAAAGAACAAUGGAACGAUACUAUAUCUUCACUCAAGAAUAGGUUGUCAAAUUAUAAAGUGGCUGAUAAUUCUUCCUUUAUACUUACAAACUCGAAUACAAUUAACUCAUCAUCAUCAAUUAUGAGUCCACUUACAGUUAGAAAUAAUUCAUUAAAUAAAUACUACAUUAUAAAUAAGUUUAACAAAAUAUCAUCAUUUUACAGAGAAAAUAAUGAAAAUAUCUUAAAUAAUAGUGAAGGUAAUAUUAACUAUAGAAAUAAUGGAAUUUACAAUUAUGAAUAUAUACUGCCAUCACAUUAUAAUAUCUAUUUUAAUAAUAAAAAUGUCGAUAAUAAUUUUGAUUUAACAGAAUAUACUGGCAAGGAUAAUAAAUUAAAUAAUUAUAAAAGUAGACUUUAUGAGGUAAAAUAUCUUGAUGAAUGUGAAUUAUUAAAUAAUUAUCUACUUCCUAUAUUAAAUCCGAAUGAAACUGUUUCAUAUCAGGAUUUUUUAAAUUGCAUCAUACCACUUAUGAUAUCAUCGAAAUAUUUAAAGGAACUAUCACCAAAAAAUAAAAUAAAUAAACUACUUUUGAAUGUAACUAAAACAAAUGAUGAGUGCUCUCAAAGUAAUGACCAAAUAUUAGAUCAUAAUAAUGGUAUUCAAAAUCUCAAUUAUAUAGAAUUAUCUUCUAAUUCUAGGACAGUAUUGAAUACUUCUAUACUUAAUGAACUUCAAAUGAAUAUUAACAAUUGUUAUUUGUAUUUGUGUCAGUGCCGUUAUUAUUUUCCUAAGGAAAUAUGGGAUAUUACUGAAGCAGCUUUAUCAACUAUCCCAAAGGAAUUAGAAAAAAUAAGGAGAGAAGCAGAAACACAACAUUUACUUUUUAAUCGAAAUAUAUUUGGUGAAGUACUAAAUGAAGAUGGUGAAAAUCCUGAAAAAGCUUGUGUUACAUGUAAAAGUGAGACUUUUUUUUCUUCAAUGAAGUCAUCAUCAUCAGGUACUGUAUAUAUUUCUGGUUUUGCUCAAAAUGCAUUAUCACACUUUAACACUUUAUGGAAAAGUAGGGAGAAGAUGGAGAAGGAAGAUAUUGAUCAGAGUAAGAAACAUGAAACAAAGAAUAAUGACUUAGAUUCUUCGUUAAAAAAGAUCAGUGAUCAGGAUAAAGAUAAUAGUUCUGAUCACAUUAAAUUCUUAAAUACUAAUAAUCACUUUAUGGAACAAUUAUUGCCGAAAGUAGAUUAUUCAAUAUUGCCAGAAUCACUUUUGCAACAGUUGAAAAUUAGACGUAUGGAAUUGAUAUCUGAGUAUAUAAAAUGUCCACCAUUACUUAGAAAUGUCCAGCACAUUAAAUUUGGAGAUGGCGAAGUGUCAGAAGGAUCAUCAGCUAUAUUAGCUUCAACUUUCAUUAAAUAUAUUUCACUCGAAUUAUUUCAAAACCAUUAUACAUCAGAAUAUUUAAUGAUGAGUUCAUAUACAGAUAUUUCUUCAUCAAAACCUUGGAGUUUAUCAGAAUAUUAUAGUCACCAAAGUGAGGAAGUUAUGGAUAUUAUUGAGAAAUUGAUAUCUUUGGAAUCAUUAAUAUCAGCUAUAUGUAAACAGAUAUCAACCUUUGUAGCACAAUCAAAAUCUCCAAGUAGAUACCGUUUUGCAAAGGCAUUAGCAAAUUUGGUAUAUAUUUCUUAUAAACCAUAA